AUUUUUCCACGUAGCUUAGGGUGAAGGUCAUUUGACAGGAAACAAAAUUUGGCACGUUUUGAUUGGAAGGUUUUCGCUUCCGGUUCCCAUCAGGCCCUCUUCAAAAUGCCUGCAUCACGGAUAAAGCAUGUGCUCUUGCUUGUAGUUUAAUAUUGUUCGAAUAACAGACGACUUUAAAAUGGCACUUUUCUCAGUCUCCAGGUACAUGGGAGAGGAGGAUGACCCUGACAAAAAUGAAAAAGAUUUGACGGCUUCAAAAAUACUAGAGAAAAUAAAAACAGAGGCGAAGCAACGCAAAGCUGACAGGGAGUCCAAGAGGAAAAAGGCUGAAGAGAAUGACAAUGCUACAAACAACAGAGAGCAAGUCUCAUCAGAGCCAGAGAAAAGUCAUGGGAGUGAAAGAAAGAAAAGGAAAAGAAAAGCUGAGGAGGAAACGAUGGAAGUGAAUGAAGGAUCCUUGAAAGAAAAGAAGAAAAAGAAACGUAAAUCAAAAGAAAAUGGUAAGGAAAUGCAGCAAGAAGAAAAGACGGAUAUUGGUAUAGAAGAACAAAAAUUGAUGGAUGAGCAUGAACAUAAACAGAUGGAUGAGCAUGCAGUUGAUAUGAAAGGAAAAGACAGUGUUGAUGUUGACGACAUAACAGAGAUAGACAAUGAGAAGAAGUUUCCAGUGCUUGGGAAUUUUAAGCAUAAAGCUGUCCAAAAGGUAAACCGUGUCCUCCCUGACUGGUUAGCAAGUCCCAGUAUCAUCACCACUGAUCUACGAUCUAGUACACUUCCAGUGACAGAGAUGGCUGGACUUGAUCCCCAACUUGUGGUACAGCUACAAGAAAACAACAUAUCACAUUUUUUCCCUGUGCAGAUGCAAGUAAUCCCCAUGCUGCUGGACACACUAUGUGUUGGAGGAACAGUAGGCAAGGCUGGCUAUUGGCCCAGUGACAUCUGUGUGUCUGCACCCACUGGUAGUGGCAAAACACUGGCUUUUGUCCUCCCGAUAAUCCAGGCUCUGAAGGGACGUGUAUACAGACAAGUUACUGCUCUGGCAGUUUUACCAGUGAGAGAUCUGGCCAUACAGGUGUACAAGGUUUUCCAGACCUACAGUAAAGGCACAGACCUCAAGGUGGGCAUUCUCACUGGACAGAAAGCUUUCAAGCUGGAACAGCAAACACUAGUCAGAAGGAGUCUCCGUGGCUACCAGAGUCUAGUGGAUAUUAUUGUAGCAACACCUGGCCGACUUGUAGACCACAUCAACCAGACACCUGGUUUUGAUCUCUCAGGUCUGCGUUUCCUUGUGAUAGACGAAGCUGACAAAAUGAUGGAACUUAUCAAACAAGAUUGGCUUCUUAGGUUGGAGAAUGCUGUCUAUAAAAGCUCUCGGCCACGACCAGAAAUCCUUACUCCCAACAGUUGCCUGAAACCUCAGAUACCUUUACAGAAGCUGCUGUUUUCUGCGACACUGUCACAGAACCCUGAAAAACUUCAGCAGCUGAACUUGUUCCUACCCAAACUCUUUACAUCUACUGUAAAGGAGACACAGCUGAAGCCUGAAAACAUUGUGUGUGGAAAUGAUGAUAGCCAAUCAGCGGACACAACAGACAAACAAGGUGAAUUUGUGGGAAAGUACACAACCCCACAAGGAUUGAGUGAGUAUUUUGUGGAAUGUACUGCUGCCACCAAACCCCUGAUAUUGCUCCACUUUCUACACAGUCUCAUGCUCACCAAUGUACUCUGCUUUGUCAACUCGGUGGAAGCUGCACAUAGGCUGUAUCACCUAAUCCGAUUGGUUGGAGGGAAGGAGGUGCGCGAGUUCUCCUCUGGUCUCCAGACAAACAGAAGGAAGCGAAUCCUCAAAGAAUUCUCUAAUGGAAAAGUGGACAUCAUCAUCUGUACAGAUGCCAUGGCCAGAGGAAUGGAUAUAGACAAUGUCAAGUUUGUGAUAUCCUACGACCAAACACCCAACAUCAAGACUUACAUCCACCGUAUAGGGCGUACAGCUCGAGCAGGCAAAGCAGGCACUGCCAUUACCCUGCUACAAAACAAAGAGUUUUAUCACUUCAAAAAGAUGACGCGCGAGGCUGGAAAGUCCAAAAUCAGGGAACAGAAAGUCUCUGAGGAAUCUCUAGAACCCAUCAUCCCAGCAUUCAAGAAAGCACUGGAAGAGGUGCCUCACAUUCUCAAGGCUGAAAAGAUAAAGAAAAGUUCUAAUGGAUGAAAGCUCGCUGUUGGUGGUAAUUUGGGAGAAGAAGUACUUCACUAGCUUGUCACUAGGGACAGCCAUGAUUCCUGGUCUGUCCAUAACUUCAACAAUAAUUUCCCAAACUUCAACAACGAAUUUCCAAAUGACUGGUCUGUUGUCGGAGGGGUGUGAACCAUCACAAGUGUCCAGUACCAGUGAUGUUAAAUCCAAAACAUGCGAAUUUUGGAUUUCAUACCAGAAAAAAAUCUGUCAACUAGUUGUGUUGGAAUUAUAGAGCUGGCCUCUAUAGAUAACUUGACUAUGGCUAAGUCAAGUCUUGUCCAUUGCAAUACUUCAACUUCCAAUUUUACAAUGUUUGGUACAAACAAGAAUAUUAGAAAAACACCAUAUUAAACUAAUUCUAGAAAUUCUUAAAGCUGGCCUCCAAGGAAUUCUAUAUAAUUUGAAAACUACACAUUCAAAAUAAAUUACAUGAAAAUGAUGAAAUAAGA